GGUUAUCGGCCGAUAACCCUUAGCCUUAUUUCGCCCGCCUUCGAUUCCUUCGGAGUGCGAGUUUUUCAUUGGUCAGUGAGGCGGCAGUUUUUGGUUGGACGUCAAGGCGGUGGAGUGUCCUUAUCUUCGGAGUGUCCUUAUCAAAAGACUGAGUAAAGCAGAUAGAGGAAGACGGGGUUUGGUCCGCUUCAUUGAAGCAGGUUCGCGGUGAAAGGGGCUAUGGACAGCGUCGUGGAUCGUUAUAAGAAGAUGGCGCUUCAGGAGGAGGAGGAGGAGGCAGCGAGUAUACCGGCGGUUGAGGAGGCAGCGAUUGGAUUCCCGGUGAUUGGUCAAGUACUUACUGAUAGGAAGAUCAGGUUUUCGGAUCUCAAGGAGAAGAUGACCUCCUUAUGGCGGCCGGGGAAAGGCAUGACAAUGAAGGAAAUAUGUGAUAAAAGGUAUCUCUUUUCGUUUAACCAUCGUUUUGAUAUGCAGUGUGUUCUUGAUGGUGGACCUUGGCAGUUUGAACGUAGUCUGAUUAUGUUAAAAGAACUUAUGUCUGAUGAUAUUCCACAUAAAAUAAUAUUAAAUGAGGCUGAGUUUUGGGUGCAAAUUCAUAAUGAGUCUGGUUAAUCUGGGUACUGCCAGAAGGGUUGGUAAUUUUAUUGGGGAAUUUAUUAAAUAUGAGGAUGGUCACAAGAAGGAAAAGAUAGUGCCGUAUAUGAGAAUUAGGGUUCUUAUGAAGAUGGAUAAAUCGCUGAAGAAGGGGACAAAACUGAAAAAAGAUGGUAAAAGUUUUUGGGUGGAUUUUAAAUAUGAAAGACUGCCCAAUUUUUGCUUUAUCUGUGGUCUAAUUGGACAUUCGGAUAGCUUUUGUCCAUUGAAUUAUGAAGAGGGGUUAGUUUUAGAAAAAAUAUUUGGAUCCCAUCUAGCUCAGAGCGGGUGGUGGGGUGAAGACAAGCCCGACAGGAGGGCAAAACUGGGGCUUAGAGGGUUCAUUGAGCUCUGGCAAAACGGAGGGGGAGAAGGGGGCAUCAAAGAUAGAUGUAAAGGAAAAAGUUUCAGCAACUGAGUCAGCCCAAAGCUUCACACAUGAAGGGGAGGAGGCAAAGGAAGAAGGUUCUAAGAGGAGGAAGAUUUGGGAGAUAAGGUCAGCAAAGGAUUUCGGGGAGGACAACAUGGCUAUGGAUGGAGCAAAAACGGGGAGGAGGCGGGCUUUGCUGCUUAAGCCCGCCAGAGAUGCCGCAAGUCCAGUGGAUGAUUCGAGUGUAUCGGCUGGAGCAGAAGUUUGUUUUAGUUUGUUUUGCUUAUUUUUUCAGUACUUAUUACUUUAGUAUUGAUUUUUCGUGUGUUUUUAUGGUUUCAAAUUGUCAGACAUUGAGUUUGGAUAUGGGGAUCGGGAGGAGGAUGACAACCGUUUUUGGCCUUUUGUUUCCCAGCUAUGGAUCAACGAAUUUUAUUGUUAUGACGAUAAAUUCCGAGUCUGGUUCAAGGGAUAACGGAUGUCAGAUUUCU